AUGUCCAACCAUCAAUACGAAUCGGUCUCCGCCACCCCCCACCCAUCAACAGACAUUUCUUCACGAUGGAAAGUCGCUGCAGUCUUAUUUCCCGCGGCUCAGCUAGUGGGUUACAUGAUGCUGGCCAUCGUGAUCGGAGAUACUUCACAUGAGCUGCGUUUUGACCGCAAGGCAACUAUCAUCUCUGCUAUACUCAUCAUUGCAUCAUCCCUUCUCGCGCUGGUUUGGAUCGCGUGUGCAAAAUGGCAGCAGCGAGAUCUCCUCCUCCAUCUCUUCAUGUGA